AUGUUGAUGUUUGUGAUCAGCCUCGCCGUUUUGGUGUGCACCUCUACAGCACGGCCUUCGGAGAACUAUCUGGAAAAUCGCUUCACCGCUAAGGAAGAGUCCCAGGAGGUCCGUUCAGCUGCGAUCAAGAGACUUCUGGAGGUUUUUGGGAUGGAGGACCCUCCGGCUAUCCAUGGACACAAGCAGCCCCCUCAGUACAUGCUAGACUUGUACAACACAGUUGCUGAUGUGGACGGUGUGACCAAGGACCCAUACCUUCUGGAGGGGAAUACCGUGCGCAGUUUCUUUGACAAAUUGCGCAGUGAACAGGUGGAGUUCAGGUUCAAUUUGUCAACAGUUGCAAGAACCGAAAAGGUCCUCACUGCAGAGCUGCAUCUGUUCAAGCUGCGACCUCAGGGCUCAUUCAACAGACAUCACUUCUGCCAGGUCAGUGUUUAUCAGAUGCUUGACAGCAGCAAAAGCAACAGCACACAGGAGAAGAAGCUGCUGUCUUCUCGACUCAUCCCAGUUCACUCUACUGGUUGGGAAGUGUUCACAGUCACACAAGCAGUCCGCUCAUGGAUGAUAGAUGAAGGCAGUAACCUGGGGCUCCAUGUGGUGGUCCAGACUCUGGGAGGAAGCCAAGUGGAUAUGAAACUGAUCCGCUUUGCUUCAGGACGCAGUCACCAUCAGAGCAAACAGCCCAUGUUGGUUCUCUUCACUGAUGAUGGCCGCCACUCUGCCAGUCUUGAGAGUAAAGAUCCAAACGAUACCACUGCCGCCUCCACCCUGCUCCAGGCCCCCAUGUCAGGCCCGUCUUCCCGCAGCGCUCGCUCUCUGGACUACAGCGAGGAGGAAGGUGUGUCUAUGCCCUGCCAGCGUCUGCCUCUGUACGUCGACUUCGAGGAGAUCGGCUGGUCGGGCUGGAUUGUAUCUCCCAGGGGUUACAACGCUUACCACUGCAAAGGUUCCUGCCCCUUCCCUCUGGGUCAAAACAUGAGACCAACCAACCACGCCACCGUUCAGUCCAUCAUCAAUGCCCUGAAGCUGAUCAAAAGCAUCGAAACGCCAUGCUGCGUGCCCGAUAAGCUCUUCUCCAUCAAUUUGCUCUACUUUGACGAUGAUGAGAAUGUGGUGUUGAAACAGUACAAUGACAUGGUGGCUGGAAGCUGUGGCUGCCACUGA